UUACAACACAGCCGCUCAGUCGCCGUUGCCACCGCCAUCGCUGCUGCCGCCCACUAGCGCCAUUAGCACUUCGCCACAACCCUCUGCAUUGCUACCGCUCAUAAUGCCGCCAACUUCCAUUACAGCGCUAAGCCAGCAGCAACAACAACAGCUGCAGCAGCCACAACUAUCGCCGCUAAUGCAGUCAUCGAUUAUGUCGCCGCAGCAAAGCAGUAACCAUGCACCCACAGCUGCCAUGCAGUCGCCACGUGCCAGCACACCUACUUUGCACUCGCCGCAAACGAUGGGCUCCUACUCGCAGUCACAGUCGCCGGCAGCGCAUCAGUUUGGUGCGCUCUCGCCAAUGAGUCAAUAUGGCACGCCUCAGCCAUUGGCGCCGCCGCCCUUGAACAUACACGCCGUUCAAGAGGCGAAGGAGAAGCUGAAGCAAGAGAAAAAGGAGAAGCAUGCAACGAAGAAGCUCAUAAAAGAGUUGGCUAUCUGCAAGACAUUGCUGGGGGAAAUGGAGCUGCAUGAAGAUUCGUGGCCAUUUUUAUUGCCAGUAAAUACUAAACAGUUUCCGACUUACCGUAAGAUUAUUAAAAAUCCCAUGGAUUUGUCCACAAUCAAGAAACGCAUACAGGACUUAACGUGAGUAAUAUUACCUUUUGCAUUUUUUUGUUAGUGGAAAACUUUCCACUUUGUUAGGGUAAAAGAGAGUUAAUGAGCUAAGAGUGUUUAGUAAAGAAACAGGCACGAAAUUACUAUAAAAUACUAAGAUAAAUCCGAGUCUAAAUGCAAAUCGAAAGUCACGAACACGUUCCAUUUUGACUGUCGGGUCUAUGUUAUAGGAUCCAGAUUUAUUUCUACCAAAGGAUUGUUCCUUCAGCAGCAUUACAAAGAACCUUUUUUUGGGAAUUUUUAUGCUGGAGACGAACACCACAAAAUUCGCUAUUUUAGUCGACAGUUCACACUGCAUGCUUCGUCGGUUUAUAUGUCUAAAGGUCGAGUGACGAGAAAGCAGUAGUACCUCCAAGUGCCCCUCUUACUUUCACUAGCCAGGAAGUUCAAGUGGCCACUGGAAAGCUAAAAGUCUUGAAAACAAUUGGCCCUGACGGACUAUGCAAGUUGAUGCUAAAACACUUGAGUUCGGUGGGAUUUGCAUACUUCACAAUGUCUCUCAAUUUAUCAUCGUACCCGACAAAGGAAAAGCGUCAACUGCUUCGAUAGAUCCGCGUAACUCUGGCGCAUACAAGUUCUGA